UUGCUUGUUUGAAAUUUUCUAUUAGUUCAGAUUUAAAAUAUUAUUUUCUAAAAGAAGUAGUUACAAAUUUCCUUACGGCAUAGGAAAAGCUAAAAAAAUAUCCAGCCCUGAAAGCAUGGAAUAGCUUUAUAGUUAUUUGGAACGAUAGUGAUGCUUGAUAAAUAUGCUAAAUUCUUAAAAUUCAAUCUCAGUUUCAAAAAUAAAAAUAUGUAGAAAUUCUAAUUUGUGAAAUGAGGCGCUAUAACCAGCUUUUACUUGACAAUUGUACACGCUGCUAUAGGCAACCAAUGUUAAAUUUCUGCAGGUCGUCCCUACUCCUCCGGAUGUGAUCAAGAUGACAGGCGAGAACGCGUCAGAAGAGGGAGGAAACUCAGUUGGGUUAAGGCUACAAUAAAGGGGAGCUGAAUCAUCAUCCAUUUUGAAGCUAACUUGUUGGUAUUCGCUAUUGGAUUAGCACUGAUUUCUUGACAUAUUUGUGGAUCGAUUCCGACCUAAUUUUCAGAAAUAUGGGUGGUUGUGCUGCACCAAAUUGUUCGAAUCAGUCUAAAAAUAACUUUAGGAUGUUUCGUUUCCCUAGAAAUGAAGAAAGACGAAGAAAAUGGAUAGUUAAUUCUCGUCGAGAUCAAUGGAUCCCGGGCUCAGGAGCGUAUCUUUGUGAGGUACAUUUUGAAGAAAAUCAAUUUGAAUGCUCUAGGCAAGAUGGGCGUAAAAAACUCAAGCCCAAUGCUGUGCCAACUCUUUUCAAUGUGCCUAAUCCCACACAACUGUUGACCCCACAGCGUCUAAAAGGCAUUGGUUUACCAAAGCACCGUUCAGUUACAUCCAAUUUUUGUAAUGAUGGCUUGCUGCACAGUUUACCUUUAUCAACUGAAGCGAUUUCUGUUGCUGAACCAUCUGUUGUUCAUUUGCCACAACCUUCAGCUUCAUAUUUUGAACAAAUAAAUUUUGCUGCCGAAGUAUCUGAUGUUUGUUUGCAAGAACAAGCUUCAACUUCAUCUUGUGAUAAAAUGCCAUCUAUUUAUGAAGGAUCUCAUGUUUGUUUGCAAGAACAGCCUUUAGCCUCAUUUUGCAAUGAAAUACCAUCUAUUUGUGAAGGCUCUGAUGAUGUUCUUUUAAGGAAUUUUAUAAAACAGCAGACUGAAUUGAUCUCGCUUCUGCAAUGCCAGAACAAAAUAUUACUGAAAGAACUUAGAGCAACCAAAAAAAAUGAAAUUAAUGUUUUAAAAAAAUGGCAUAGCACUGAAAUUCAACUUCAUGACCUUCAAGUACAGCAUGAGGAAUUGCCGAAAGGAGUGAAAACAUUUCUUUCAGAUGAACAAAUAGCAAUGUUGAAAAUUCCUCGUAGAAGCAUUGCAAAAUGGUCUAACGGGGGAAUAAUAAAAGGCCCCAAGUUAGAUUUGCCUUGGGCAAGCAUGGUUAUAAUUAGUUGCACAGAAUAG